AUGACAAACCCAAACCAGUCUCAGGUUGAGCUGUUGGUCUUAGUGGGUUUUAAAGGGGUGGACCAGUUCAGGUACUGGUACUUCUGUGUCACCUUGGUGGGAUACUUGUUGAUAGUUGUGCUGAAUGUGUGUGUUGUGCUUGUGAUCUGUGUGCAGCCCAGUCUGCACCAGCCCAUGUACGUCUUCUUAUCCAACCUGCUGUUCAACACUCUGCUGGGCUGUGCGGCCUUUUACCCCAAACUGCUGCAUGACUUCCUGUGUGACGUGCAGCUCAUUUCCAGGAGGGGCUGCAUUGUGCAGGCCUUCUGCGUCCACGUGUACGUGGCUGUGGAGUCCAACAUUCUGAUGGUGAUGGCGUUCGACCGGUACGUGGCCAUCGCCCACCCACUGACCUACCCCACUGUGCUCAGCUCCAGCAGAGUCUACACACUGUUAACAGCAGCGUGGACGUUGCCCGUAGUUGCCUAUGUGAGCCUGUUGUCUCUGACCAGCCAGUUGCCGCUCUGUGCGUCCCAUGUCAACCGAACAUUUUGUGACAACCGAUCUGUCAUGUAUCUGUCGUGCGUCGACAUCUCAAUGCUGAGUUUGAUAGAAUUAGUCUUUGCGUGCACCGUGGUCUUCCUGCCAAUGGGGGUCAUUUUCUGUUGUUACGUCCAAAUCCUCACCGUCAGUUUCCAGGUGACGAAAAGUCAGAGAACCAAUAAGGCGCUGUCCACAUGCAUCCCCCACCUGGUGACCUACGUGGGUUUUGUUGCUAGUAUCGUGUUUGAGAUCAUUCAGCCGGCGCUGGUGGGUAAACAUGUCCCACAUGCGUUCAGAGUGAUGAUGCAGAUGGAGGGUUUCCUGGUGCUGCCGCUGCUCAACCCACUCAUCUAUGGAGUCAAACUGCCCGGCAUCAGGGACAGCAUACGCCGACUGUUGAGAAAGAACCUCCACAAUCUGAACUGGAAACAUGCAUGGGUUCUACCUACAACAACCCCAAACAGAGACACAUAG